AUGUCCAACGGCAAGACUUUCACAUUGAGCAACGGGGUCAAGGUCCCCGCAGUGGGCUUCGGCACCUUUGCCAGCGAGGGCUCCCAGGGCGAAACCUACAAUGCCGUCACCACUGCCUUGCGCACCGGUUACCGUCACCUCGACUGUGCCUGGUUCUACCAGAAUGAGGAUGAGGUGGGUGAUGCAAUCAAGGACUUCCUCAAGGAGAACCCCUCCGUGAAGCGGGAAGACAUCUUCGUCACCACCAAGGUGUGGAACCACCUGCACCGGUACGACGACGUCCUCUGGUCCGUCAACAACUCUCUCGAGCGCCUGAAGCUCGACUAUGUUGACCUGUUCCUUGUUCACUGGCCCAUUGCUGCUGAGAAGGAUGGUCAAGAUAAGCCCAAGAUUGGCUCCGACGGCAAGUAUGUGAUCCUCAAGGAUCUGACCGAGAACCCCGAGGAGACAUGGCGUGCCAUGGAGAAGCUCUACGCUGAUGGCAAGGCCAAGGCGAUUGGUGUCUCCAACUGGACCAUCCCCGGACUGGAGCAGUUGGCCAAGAUUGCCAAGGUCCAGCCUCAGGUCAACCAGAUCGAGAUUCACCCCUUCUUGCCCAACGAGGAGUUGGUCCAGUACUGCUUCGCCCACAACAUCAUGCCGCAAGCCUAUUCCCCACUCGGCUCUCAGAACCAGGUGCCCACCACCGGCGAGCGGGUCUCGGAGAACAAGACCCUGAACGACAUUGCCGAAAAGGGUGGCAACACCCUGGCUCAAGUGCUGAUCGCCUGGGGUAUCCGCCGCGGCUAUGUCGUUCUCCCCAAGAGCUCCAACCCCAAGCGCAUCGAGUCCAACUUCAAGAGCAUCGAGCUGACCGAUGAGGACUUUGCGGCGGUCAACAACGUCGCCAAGGGCCGUCACUUCCGCUUUGUCAACAUGAAGGACACCUUUGGAUACGAUGUCUGGCCCGAGGAGACUGCCAAGAACAUGUCUGCUUAG